AUGGCGAAUGCGCUUGGCUCCCCCUCUUCUCUCCAACAACCCCUCGUGUCUGAGCUUGAGCCUGAGUCUGAGAAAUUAGCCAUGGCUCUUGCGAAUUCUGUGCGUCGAGUGGCGGUCAUUGGAGCUGGACCUUCAGGUCUUGCGGCUGUAAAGUAUCUCCUCGAGGAAAAACAUUUUGAACAAAUCGAUGUUUUCGAACAGAGAAGCUCUGUGGGUGGUGCCUGGAACUAUAGUCCCAGUUCAACCAAAGUUGGAUUGACAACAACCGUUCCACAUCUCAAUCCUCAUGAGCCGGUCGAGAAGCCAACAUGGACUCAACAACCGGGACGCAACCCAGAGGCUGUGUUCGUGUCUCCACUAUAUGAUAGACUCGAGACCAAUAUCCCGAAGGAACUCAUGCGCUUUGCGGACAAACCAUUCCCAGCUGAAGCUCAGCUUUUCCCCAAGCACAAGUCGGUCAAACAAUACUUGGAGGAGUAUGCCGAGGAAGUCAAGAGCCUUAUUCAGUUCGAAACCCAGGUCGUCGAUGUGAAGUUGAGAGAUCCAAAAUUGAGUACGUGGGAUUUAACAACAGCGAAUCUUCACACCAAUAUUGAAACCACUCGCACAUAUGACGCAAUUGUGGUGGCCAGUGGACAUUUCACAGUCCCAUACCUCCCGGAUAUCCAAGGGAUUGACCCUUGGGAUAAAGCAUACCCAGGAAUUAUUUCCCACUCCAAGUUUUAUGACACGCCCGAGACUUUCCGGGGCAAAAAGGUGGUCGUGGUUGGAAAUUCUGCCUCGGGACUUGACAUCGGUGCUCAAAUCAACGAAGUUAGUAAAGGCAGCAUAUUUGUCUCUCAGCGCUCGGAAUCAUACAUGGCAGCUUCUGCCCCAGGGGACAAGAUUAUAUGCCCGGAGAUUGUCGAGUUUCUAUCUCCAGGUACUCACAACCGAGCCAUCAGAUUCGCCGAUGGCCGAGUGGAAGAUGAAGUCGAUGCCGUGGUGUUUUGUACAGGCUAUUUCUACUCAUACCCAUUUCUUUCGUCCCUCAACCCCCCCGGUCAUCACCCCACAUUGGCCUUCCCUGUUCUCGCACAAAGAGUGAUCCCCUUCCCGAUAGCCGAAAACCAGGCGGCUGUUUUUGCUCGUGUCUGGUCAGCAAGGCUGCAGCUUCCGUCGAAAGCCGAUAUGCAUACAGCGGAGGAUUUGGAGGUGAAGACCAAAGGAGAUGGGAAAACAUUCCACUUGCUGCCGUUUCCGAUGGAUGCGGAUUACCUCAACUUCCUCUACAACUGGGCGGCCGAGGCAGAACAACGUCCACGACUAGAUCGUGAUGGGCGAGGAAAAGUUGGAACAUAUUGGGGUGAGCGGGAGAGGUGGAUGCGAGCGCAUUUCCCUGACAUUAGAAGAGCUUUUGUUCAAAAAGGUGCUCAGCGAAGUGAAAUUAAGACUUUGGCAGAGGUUGGAUUCGACUUUGACCAAUGGAAACGCGAGCAAGAGGAGCAGGAGGCGCAACUGAUUUGA